GUGGCGGGCGGCCUUUCCGGUGUGGCGGCGUGAGGGAGGCGGAGGCGAUGCCGACCGGGGAGUACGACUCCAAGCCCAGCUGGGCUGACCAGGUGGAGGAGGAGGGAGGAGAAGAUGACAAGGUGAUCACCAGUGAGCUGCUCAAGGAUCUGCCCCUGCCCGGGGUCCUGGGGGGUCCCUCCAGCGCCGAGGCCGAGCUGCUCAAGGGAGGGCCCCUCCCAUCCCCCAAGGAGGUCGUCAAUGGCAACAUCAAAACCAUCACCGAGUACCGCGAGGAGGAGGACGGGCGCAAGGUCAAGAUCAUCCGAACCUUCCGGAUCGAGACCCGCAAAGCCUCCAAGGCCGUGGCCCGGCGCAAGAACUGGAAGAAAUUCGGGAAUUCCGAGUUCGACGCCCCCGGGCCCAACGUGGCCACGACGACCGUGAGCGACGACGUCUUCAUGACCUUCAUCACCAGCAAGGAGGACCUGAACUGCCAGGAGGAGGAGGACCCCAUGAACAAGCUGAAGGGUCAGAAGAUCGUGUCCUGCCGCAUCUGCAAGGGCGACCACUGGACCACGCGCUGCCCCUACAAGGACACGCUGGGGCCCAUGCAGAAGGAGCUGGCCGAGCAGCUGGGGCUGUCCACGGGCGAGAAGGAGAAACUCCCGGGGGAGCCGGAGCCGGUGGCAGCCCAGGUGAGCAAGACGGGCAAGUACGUCCCGCCCAGCCUGAGGGACGGGGCCAGCAGGAGAGGGGAGAGCAUGCAGCCCAACCGGAGAGCCGAUGACAACGCCACCAUCCGCGUCACCAACCUGUCGGAGGACACGCGCGAGACCGACCUGCAGGAGCUGUUCCGCCCCUUCGGCUCCAUCUCCCGCAUUUACCUGGCCAAGGACAAAACCACGGGGCAGUCCAAGGGUUUUGCCUUCAUCAGUUUCCACCGGCGCGAGGACGCUGCCAGAGCCAUCGCCGGCGUCUCCGGCUUCGGCUACGACCACCUGAUCCUCAACGUGGAGUGGGCAAAGCCUUCGACCAACUGAGCCGGAUCCCAACAGAUCCCAGUGGAUCCCAGUUUGGCUCCAGUGGA